UUGGGGGCUCUCUCCCGACGUCCCGCCAGUCCCGCUCAUGUAGCCCGACCGACUGCCGCCGGCAUCGUGCUGUCGCCAUGCCUCACCGCUGCUCAGCCGUAGGUUGCACCAAUAGCAGCAAAAACGGUUCGAAUGUGAGGUUUUAUAGGUUUCCAGCUGUCUCUUUGCACCCAAAAAAGCGUGCGAAAUGGAUCCAGGCCUUGCGGAGACAGAAUCCGGACGGUACGUCUUGGGAGCCAACCGUGAACUCACGUGUUUGCGGUGCCCAUUUCGUCAGAGACGAGCCUUCGCGAUAUCCAGAUCACCCAGAUUUCGCUCCGUCCGUGUUUGUUUACACGGCACCGGGUACGGCCACAAGUGCGCUCGCACGGUACAACAGGACAACGAAGCGACGGGAGGAGCUAUUCAAAAUGUGCAACGUCAAGCCUCUUCAACAAGCCCGACUGUAUCACUAGACAGUCACGGUGCUGGUGUACCCAUGAAUGAGGACCAGCAACCUCUUGUGACAGACGAGGACCUACUUUCUGCUCCGACAGAUGGAAUCGACUGUUCUGCAGCUGUUGUCGAAGAAAUACCUAGUGAUGUACUAGGAGAAGAGACAAGUUCUGAAGUAACGCCAAAUCUGCCAAACGAAGAAGUUGCGCUUCUUCAUGCCAGGAUCAAGGAACUGGAAAGUGAUGUAGAAAGGGAGAGACAACGAAAUGGGCUCCUGGACCUUGAGUUAAAGAAAUCGCAACAGAGUAAUGAAAACCUUGCUAAGAAGUGUCUUGAAAUGUCCAACCAGACACUAAGUUUAGACAACGUUAGAAAAGGCAAGCACUUCCUGUAUUACACAGGCCUAACAAGAUACGAAGUGCUGCACAAUCUGCAUGACCUUGUUGUUGCAAGGUACCCCGAAAUUUGCAAGGGGAACUACAUGCGUGCCCAAGAAACUGAGGAACAGCUCCUCAUGGUUCUUGUGAGGUUGAGGACGGGCAUGCCCUGCAAGGAAAUUGCUCGUAACUUUGGACUCUCCGAGUCAACUUUAAGCCGCACCUUCUCACGGUGGAUUUUUAUGUUGAAAGACACACUGAAAAGUAUUGCGCGAUUCCCGAAACUUCAUAAGGUCCAACGCAACAUGUCCGCAUGUUUUCGAGAAUUUCCCGAUACGCGCAUCGUGCUAGACACAACUGAAGUCAGAAUCCAGAAGCCAUCCGGUCUGGAAGCACAAAAGAAAACAUUAUGAGAAAAUUAGCGCAAAUACAAGGAAGGAUGAACGUUAGGACAGGACAGGAAAGAAAACAUUCUCUGGCUACAAGCACUCGAACACAAUGAAAUGUCUAAUCGGUAUAACACCAGACUGCUACGUUUCAUUUGUUUCAAACCUGUACGGCGGAAGCACGAGUGACCGUGCCAUCGUUGCAGAGAGUGAGGUACUCGACAUGUUGGAGUGCGGCGACGCGGUGAUGGUUGACAAGGGGUUUAAAGUGCAUGACCUCCUGCCAGCAGGCGUCAAGCUGUAUAUUCCCCCAUUCCGCAUUGCUGGGGAAAAACAGAUGAGCCGCAGCGACGUUGUCUGUACACGAAAGGUGGCACGGGCAAGGGUGCAUGUGGAAAGGGCGAUACGGCACAUAAAAGAGUUCCACAUCUUUGACUGCCCACUGCCAUUAAACAUGGCAGACAUCGCAGACGAAAUAUUUAUAACAUGUGCAUUGUUGUCUAACUUCAGGGGUCCUCUGAUCCAUGGAGCAGAGCAAGCAGGGUAGUUUUGUAACUUCAGCUGACCGUGACUGUAUGUAGCGACUGUGACAUGUAUGCUUCUGUUUAAGCUAGGACAAUAAACAAAAGGAGAGCAGUUUUGUAACUUCAGCUGACCGUGACUGCAUGUAGUGACUGUGAAAUACAUGGUUCUGUAUAAGUCAGAACAAUAAAAAAAUGAUUUCAC